AUGCCUGAUAGUUGCUGUGUACCGAAUUGUACGAACAGACGCAAGAAAGGCGAUGGAAGUGGUGGUUUUUUUCGAAUUCCUUCGAAGAUAUACCCAGACGUCAGAAAAAGAUGGUUGACUGCGAUUGGCAGGGUGGAUUGGCCAGAACAGCUAAUUGGAAAUGCUAAAGUAUGCCAUCUGCAUUUCAUAUCUGGAAAAAAAUCAAAGGACCCACUGAGCCCUGAUUUUGUGCCAUCAGUUUUCGACCGAAUUGGGAAAAAAAUGAGUGAGGAAAAAAAGAAAGAGAAACAGGAUCGAUUCCAACGUGCACGUCUGAGAGUUAAGCAGCGCUCAAAUCUUCCUGUUGUGGAAGAGCCCAGUGAAGUUUUGGAACCAGAGGAGGAAGAGCUAAGCCCACAAGAUAUGGAGAUUGAAAAAUUAAAACAAAAAGUGACAGAAAUAGAGAAUGUUGUGAAAGAAAAAGAAAAUAACAUCAAGGAAGAUGGCUGA